AUGUCGAUAUCCUCUAUCCGAUUCACUGUUAAGCCUGCACAUUUAGGAGCGGAAUUUCGUGCCGCGCGGCGCGUUAUCAUCCAUUCAGAUAUUUUGAAGACAUCCAAACUAUACUCCGGUGAUGUGGUCGCCUUAUCUGAAGCGGAUAACGGCAAAGCGCAAAAGGACUUCGCUGUGGGGGUGUUAUGGCCCUCUUUGGAUAUAUCACAGGACUCCAUUUUAGUGUCUUCAUCCAUACUGCUCACGGCAGGCCUGGUGGAAGGCACAAAGGUACAAAUUUUUCCCUUGACAGGGAAAGUCUCAAGUAAGGUGCCACUUGGCUUGCCAUCACCACGAGACAUCCGAGAGGCUGGCACUAUCCGCUUCAAGGAAAUUUCCAGAAGUACUAAUCCGUCGCUAAAUCCCACAAUUACACGCGAGAAAGGCAAGCGUCGAGACUGGCUCACGCUACUGCUUAGAGAACAUCUGGGUCAGUAUACUCAGCAAGCUGCUCUGGAUUUGAAGUAUUCAACAUUUGCACAGGUUGCCGAGAUUUUAUAUGAGGGCCAGUUACGAAGAUUCUCCGUUGUGUCUGUAUCUCCAAAGCAAUCUCCUCCAGUCAACUCUGUCAGUGCCAUAGCAGAUGGUAUUAAUUCACUCUCAAUCAAGACGCCAGUCCUUCUUUGGACUGUAGGGUGGGAUUCGUCCGUACACAUCGUUGACAAUGACAUGGGCCAUCACCCCGAGGAAUUUUGCAAGCGUGAUAUCGAAACGCUGUCGCAAUCUACAGCUUCGGAUGCUUAUGCAUCCGUGGGUGGAUUGGAUAGGACGAUCACCCAAAUUCGAGAUCUGCUUGAAAUUCCGCUGACUCGCCCUGAGCUUUUCGGGUACUUUGGAUUGAAACCUCCACGAGGGAUCUUACUACACGGCCCUCCAGGGACCGGAAAAACGCAUCUUGCACGUGCUAUAGCCUCAUCGACCAACUCCUCAGUUAUCAUCAUCAACGGACCUGAACUCUCAUCUGCUUAUCACGGCGAAACGGAAUCGAAGCUUCGUGAUGUUUUUAGAGACGCUCGCGAGAAAAGCCCUUGUAUUGUUGUGCUGGAUGAAGUCGAUGCGUUAGUCCCUCGUCGUGAGGAAGGUGCGGGAGGAGAGGUAGAAAAGAGGGUAGUGGCUACCCUUUUAACGCUAUUGGAUGGGAUGGAAGAUGAGGCGAAUGGAAAAGGAAGAGUCGUUCUUUACGGAGACCAGGAAGGCAUACCGGACAUAGAAGCACGCUCUUCCAUUCUUAAAGUCUUGCUUGCCAACGUUCCCCACUCCUUGUCAGAACAAGACAUCCACACUAUUGCUUCCCGCGCCCACGGAUAUGUCGGCGCUGAUUUGAGUGCCGUGGUUCGCGAAGCAGGGACUCUUGCGAUCAAACGAUGGAUCAGCGUAAAUCCUUCCCUAUCUACUUCUAUUUCUCCCGGUGAUGGUCUUCUGCUAAAUUUGACGGACAUCCUCGACUCCUUGCCCUCCGUGAGACCUUCUGGUAUGAGAAGCUUAUUCUUUGAGACCCCUCCAGUACGCUACGCCGACAUCGGAGGGCAGGGUGUUGUCAUCCAGAAACUACGAGAAGCAGUAGAGUGGCCGCUCCUUCAUCCGCAAGCGUUUGAAAGAUUAGGUAUCAGACCACCCAAAGGCGUCCUUCUGUAUGGUCCUCCUGGGUGCAGCAAGACGGUUCUUGCUCGAGCCUGUGCGUGCGAGAGUGGGGUGAACUUCGUUGCAGUAAAAGGUCCUGAGCUGCUCAACAAGUUCGUUGGUGAAUCUGAACGAGCUGUCCGAGAAAUCUUUCGAAAAGCUCGUGCAGCAUCCCCAUCAAUAAUUUUCUUUGAUGAGAUUGAUGCCUUGGGCACAUCCCGCACUUCCGCAGGCUCAAGUGGUGGAGGACCCCACGAAGGUGUUCUCACAAGUUUACUUAACGAAAUGGAUGGAGUACAGGAACUUGUUGGUGUAACUGUCAUAGCGGCUACUAACAGGCCUGAUGUUAUCGACUCAGCACUGAUGCGGCCAGGGCGACUAGAUCGUAUCAUGUAUGUAGGUCCACCGGAUCAAGCAGGUCGAGAGGAUAUACUCGCGAUACGCACGAGAAAGAUGAGCGUGGAACCCAAUCUAGAUGUGAAACAAAUCGCAGCAAUGACCGACGGCUGUUCUGGUGCAGAAAUCACGGCAUUGUGUCAAGAGGCAGCCUUGCUAACGAUGAAGAAAGAUAUCAACGCUCCAUAUGUCUCGCAGGAUGCGUUUAUAUCUGCAGCAAACGCACUUCAAAAACAAAUUACCCCUGAGGUGGUACGGAAAUAUGAAGACUGGCAAGAAAAGAAUGGACUCAAAAGCCUGUGA